AUGUGUAUCCACAUCAAUCAAACGCAAACACACCUCCGCUGGUCCAAGAAUAUCCCUCCCAUCCAGACGAUUUCCUCCGGUGAAACUGUCACUUUUGAUGCCAUCGACAGUAGCAACGGUCAAAUCACAGCAACCUCCGACAACACCGCUUUGGAGCGAUUCGACCUGAGCCUUGCGAACCCCGUUCUAGGUCCCGUAUACAUCCACGACGCUCAGCCAGGCGACGUCCUCAAGGUCGAAAUCCUGGGUCUCGAGCCCGCCUCUUGGGGCUGGUCCGCCGUCAUCCCGAACUUCGGCCUGCUCGCCGAUGAAUUCCCGCAACCCGCGCUGCGUAUCUGGGGUUUGAAUCCACGGACGCAGUCGGCUGUGUUUCGGGGAACAAACCCAAACCCAGCCAGAGAUGCAGACGCAGAUACAGACACGGGGCAGAAUCGAUUCCGGAUUCCCUUGCGUCCCUUCCUCGGAUGUAUGGGCGUAGCACCGCCGGAUGACCGGGACCUCUCGACGAUCCCUCCGACCCACGCAGGAGGGAACCUGGACUGUCGCGAUCUGACCGUUGGAUCGAUUGUGUAUUUCCCCGUAAUGACGGAAGGAGCUCUCUUCAGUUGUGGGGAUGGACAUGCCGCACAAGGGGACGGGGAAGUGUGUGGCACGGCGAUCGAAACCCCCCUCAAGGCGACGUUGCGGUUCCAUGUAUGUAAGUCUCAGCCAUGGGUGGUUACCCCUCAGUAUGAGAGUCCUUCUGUCACUGGGCUACAUGUCCUGGAUGGAUCGCGACGGUACGCGACGACGGGGGUGGCGUCGUCGCUGGAGGUGGCGUCGAAGCAGGCUGUGAGAAAUCUCAUUCAGUGGCUCGUUGAUACGAAGGGGAUGACCAGGGUCGAUGCUUAUAUUCUCGCCAGCGUCGCGGGAGAUCUGAAGAUCACAGAGGCGGUUAAUAUGCCGAAUUAUGUCGUUUCCAUGUCCAUACCGUUAGGAAUUUUUGAUUGA